GCGCGGUAGCGUCGAGCUCUUUCCGGUUUUCUUCCUAGGUCGCCGGAAUCUCCUCUCAGGGAAGCCAGUGAACUUCCGGUUGUCACCGCGGUCACCGCUGCCGGAGGAGCGAAGCGAAUGGGGGACCCCCGGGGAGCAGGGGCCGAGUCGGGCCUAGCGGGGAAAAGCGACCCGGGGGCACCCGCGCCUGGCCCGGCGUCGCUGAAGGGGGAGCGAGAAGAGCCGAAUCAGGGUUCUGUGCUGUUUCUUGGGGGCAAUGAAGUGAAGAGCAGUGCUGUGGUAAAGUAUUCAUCUGCUCCACCACAAGCAGCAUUUGCCCGCCUUCAAGAGAAGACUGAUCUGAAACUUCCGCCAGCGAAUUGGUUACGCGAAAGUGCCAAACUGGGACCAGCAGGGGCAACUAUUCUUGGUAAUAGCAAGAAGGGCAAGCCAUUUUCAAGCUUUGGCAUGGCGUACGAUUUUAUUGACUCAAUUGGAAAUGAUGUCGAUGUUGUAUCUGAUUCUGAGAAUAUUAAAAAACUUCUUAAGAUACCAUACAGCAAGUCUCAUGUCAGUAUGGCAGUACACCGGAUUGGGAGAACUCUCUUACUAGAUGAUCUAGAUAUUCAAGAGCUCUUUAUGAGAUCAUCACAGACUGGAGAUUGGACAUGGUUAAAGGAAUUCUACCAGAGAUUAAUAGAUCAGAAGUGGCAACGAAAGAAGAAGAGCAAAGAACACUGGUACCAGAAAGCUAUACUUUCCAAAUUUUUAUACUACAGCAUCAAUGGUGAUGGAGCUGCUCAGCCUGUUCCUCCUGAAGAGCAACAUCAGGAAGAAACAACUGAAGAUCAAACUGCCGAAGCAGGACGGGUUUCUUGGCCAGCCCCUUUUGAAAUGCCUUCCUCACUUUCUGAAGAUGCAAGUGCUUCUAAUCAGGGUCUUAAAAAUGACUUUGUUCGGAACAUCUUGUGGACAUUUGAAGAUAUUCACAUGUUGGUUGGAUCAAAUAUGCCUAUAUUUGGAGGAGGAAGAUACCCAGCUGUGAGCUUGCGUCUCAGGGAUAACAAUAAACCAAUUAAUGUGCUAACUGGCAUUGACUAUUGGCUGGACAAUUUGAUCUGCAAUGUGCCAGAGCUUGUGAUGUGUUUCCAUGUUAAUGGAAUUGUUCAGAAAUACGAAAUGAUUAAGACAGAGGAUAUACCCAACUUGGAAAACUCAAAUUUCUCUACCAAAGUAAUAAAAGAUAUUGCUCAAAAUAUUUUAUCGUUUCUGAAAGCUAACUGUACCAAAGAAGGGCAUACUUACUGGCUGUUUAAAGCAAGUGGAAGUGAUAUCGUAAAGCUGUAUGACCUGACCACUCUCUGUGAAGAGACAGAAGAUAAAUACCAAAACCCCUUCACGAUGCCAGUGGCAAUUCUUCUUUACAAAGUUGCUUGCAAUAUGAUGUUGAAGAAAAACCAAAACAGGAAGCAUUAUGGUACUAUCAGAACAUUACUCCUUAACUGUGUGAAGUUGUUGGACAAGGGUAGACAUCCUCAGAUUAUUGCUUCAGCAAACUACAUGCUCUCAGAACUGUUCCAGCUUGAUGAGCCAAAAAAAGAAGAGGGCAGUGAGUUCCCCUUAAAUGGUAAUUCUGAUGAAAGCUACAGUGAGGAGGAAGAGGAAAUGCCUGAUAGUGAUGAAAAUGGUUCCUAUAGUACCAGCUCAGAUCCUCCUGAUGACAACAAAGCAGUUGCUGUAAUAAAAUCAGUUGGAGAACUGUCUGUACCUGAAAAAUACAAAUCUACUCAUCAAAUACGUCCUAGUUGUGCAUUUCCAGUUUGCCACGACACUGAAGAAAGGUGCAGACUAGUGCUCAACUAUGUUCUUGAGGGCUUAAAAUCUGUAGACAGCAGCAUCAAGAAGGAAAGUGAUCUUCCUGCUGCGGAUCCCAGCACUCCCAUUCCAUUAAAGUAUGAAGAUGAAUCAACAAGUGUUGGACCUGAGUGUCUUGAAAAGCAGAUGGCCUUGUUUUUAGACAAAAUGGGCUCAUUUCGGGAAGUUAAACAUUCUAGUCAGUCAGGAAUGAUCCCUGGAUCCUGGCAGUACAAAAUGAAGCUUCAGCUGAUCUUGAAAUCCUCAAAGGCUUACUAUGUUCUCUCUGAUGCUGCUGUGAGUCUUCAGAAAUAUGGGAGAGCAUUACGGUACAUAAAACUAGCUUUACAGUGCCAUGAUACAUAUUGCUGCCUCUGCACCAACAUGCUUUCUGAAGUACUCCUGUUUCUUUGUCAGAGUUUAACUCUUUGUGGCGAUAUCCAACUAAUGCUGGCCCAGAAUGCAAACAACAGAGCUGCAUAUCUUGAAGAGUAUAACUAUCAAACAAAAGAAGAUCAGGAAAUACUACAUAGUCUUCACAGAGAAUCCAGUUGCCAAGUAUUUUCUUGGGCUACUGACUUGUCUACAGAUUUGGAAUGCCAGCUUUCAAUUAGCUGCAAAUGCUAUGAGGCAGCUAAUGAAAUUUUGCUUUUUAGUAAUUUAAAAGGGCAGAAUCCAGAACAAUAUACACAAGUGCUGAAGAGAAUGGGUAACAUCAGAAAUGAAAUUGGAGUAUUUUACAUGAACCAAGCUGCUGCUUUACAGAGUGAAAGAGGGGAGAACAAAACUGUAUCUGCAGCAGAACAGCAACUUUGGAAGAAAAGCUUCUCUUGUUUCGAAAAAGGGAUUCAAAACUUUGAAUCCAUUGACGAUGCAACCAAUGCUGCUCUUCUCUUGUGUAAUAUGGGAAGAUUAAUGCGGAUUUGUGCUCAUGCUCACUGUGCUGCUGCAGUAGACUUCAAAAGAGAAUUUUCCCAUGAAGAGGCUCUUUAUUAUAAUAAGGCCGUUGACUACUAUCUGAAGGCCUUGAGGUCUCUGGGUGAAAGGGAAGUUCAUCCUGCUGUUUGGGAUUCUGUCAACUGGGAGCUGUCUACCACCUACUUUACUAUGGCAACUCUGCUGCAAGAUUAUGCUCCCUUAUCCAGAAAGGCUCAAGAACAGAUAGAAAAAGAAGUUAGCGAGUCAAUGAUGAAAUCCUUGAAAUAUUGCGAUGUUGACACAGUGUCUGCACGGCAGCCCCUUUGCCAGUACCGGGCAGCUACAGUUCACCACAGGCUGGCUUCCAUGUAUCACAGCUGUUUGAGAAACCAGGUUGGUGAUGAACAUCAGCGGAAACAGCAUAGAGUACUAGUAGAUCUUCAUUACAGUAAAGCUGUGAAGUUUUUUCACCUCCUGAAGGAUGUGCCAUGUGAGCUUCUUCGUGUACAGCUGGAAAGAGUAGCAUUUGCAGAAUUUCAGAUGGCAAGUCAAAAUAGCAGUGCUGGAAAACUAAAGACUUUGUCUGGGGCUUUGGAUAUAAUGGUAAAGACCCAGUCUGUGUUUCAGCUCAUCAGAAAGGAACUUGUUGCUGAAUUUGAACAGAGACUUGAGGAUAACAAAAGCAAUGUGGAAAGUGUGCCUGCUGAAGACUCAUCCACUAGCCUCAAUAAGGAGGAAAUUGUAAAACUCCUUGGUAUAUUUGAGUCUCGAUUGUCUUUCCUCCUUCUUCAGUCCAUCAAACUGCUUACAUCAACUAAAAGGAAAGUUGGCAACAUGAGAAUCAAGAGGAGGCAACAGUCACUGCCACCCAAUGGGCUGCUUGUUACGGAAGAAGGCAGACAGAGGUUGGUAUGGCAGUGCGCCAUUUGCCCUAGUGAACAAGAUUCCACUGCUAUUCUGUAUCACCAUCAUGACCAAGAACCAGCGAGAGAUAUUGUCCAUGAUUCUGAACUGGUCUAAGUACAACAGAAAAUAAAAUGGAGAGAGAAAUGCAAAGUUUACAGGGAGGGUUUCCCUGCUACCCGUCUUAACAUUUUGACAGCACACAGUAGGACUUUGUAGGUUGAUCUGAAUGCCUGGCAGUCUCAUAGGGGUGUAGUUGGUCCUUCAGAUAACAUGAUCUCAGAACUUUGAGGGCUUUAAAAGUUCAAAACUGAAACUUUAAAUGGACCUGGAAAUGAAACUGGCAAAAAGUACAGAAUUGGCUCCCACAAGCAUUAUUGCUGCUGCAUUCUGUACCAAUGGAAUUUUCUUAACUGAAAGGUAACCGCACAUGGAGAGCAUUAUUCUAAUUCAUUGUGGAUGUAACCAGUGCAUGAGUCACUAUGGCAAGGUCUCAUUUCACCAGAUAGAUUCCAGCCAAACUGAAGCUGUGGCCCCUAUUGCAAAAUCAAUUUAACUGGGUGACCAGUUCUGGCAUUGCAAGUGAGGAAAGGAAAAACCUCUACUAACUACUUUUACGGCAGUAGAACCUCUGAAGACUACUGUUCUUGGCAAUCUUGAGAUCACUUUAGGAAAAUAAUGUUUUUAACAAUUCUAGACUUUUGAAUUGUUUGUUUUUAAAUUGUGGAAGUGUUUGCCACCCUGGCCUUCUUCAAUAAAACAUACAAACGGUCUGAAUUCACAAGGUUAGGUGCCUAUGUUUUUCAAGGUAUAACCAGAACAUCAAGAAUAUUUUGUAACUUGUUUAUUGGAAUUGUGACUUGGAAAUCAUCCUUUCCCUCUUUCCAUGGAUGAUGCAAAACAUGAUUUAAACAGGAGCACACAAUGUGCUUGUAUAAACUGAGAUACUUGAUAUACAGAACGCUUGUCAGAAGCGACUAAUUUGAAAUGAACAUAUUCACAGCCUAUGAGCAAAUGUCCCAUUUAUAUGCUGUUAUUCACAGUAGCAGAGAACGUACAAUUAUGAAAAUCUGCAUAAGGUGUAAAGUACAUAGGAGGCAACCAAUACACCACCCCAAGUGUAUGGUGGAGUGUCUCUGGAAGUCUGCUUUUAGUCAAUGGGCAGAUUUCAUGUAAAGUGUCCAAUCAGCACGAGGGUUUUCACUCAUGCAAUUGAGCUUUCUCUUUUCUCUUUCCUCUGCCCCCCACCUGAAAUUGGCUCAGGGGCGUCAGAAGAAUUCCCAGAACAACACAUAGGGGAUUAGUCUGUCUGGCAGGUUGCAACGCUUGCACUGACCAUAACCCGACACUGAAAUCUACCCUGGAUUUCUGAAGGGAACUUAGGUGCAAUGAAAACUGCAUCUGGAUUAUAGCAACAUUGCUUACAUUAAAUAUGAGACUUAAUUAGAAGGCAACAAAACACCUAAUGCUUCAUUAUUACUAUUUCUAAAA